AUGGCGCGCGCAGCGGCAAUAGCCGGCUUCCUGGCCCUGGCCGCGGGGCGGGGCGUUGCACUGCCGACGGUGAACACGGCGGCGCACCCCGUGGAGUGGGAAGAGGCCGCCACAGCAGUGCCGACUGCAGCACGAGAAGCUGCUGCUGCAGCAGUUUCGCUGAACGAGGCCAUCAGCAGCAGCAGCAGCAGCAGCAGCAGCAUUCCGCGGAUGGUGGAGGCGGCGAGCGAGCCGCCGCAGCAGCAGACCGCCGUGCAGGAGGCCGUCUUGGAGGCGAUCAUGCGGGAAAUGCAAAACAUUUUCCGAAACACUUUAACAGUUCCUGGUUGGGAGACGAUGGACACUGCCGCGGACUCGGUGCGGCAGAUCGUGGCGCGCGUCCGCGAGCGCCUGACCACUGGUCUCGCGGACACUGACACCACUGGUCUUCCCCUGACCACCGCCGCAGCCCUCCGCGGAGUUACUACGGACUUUCUUCGGGAAAUUAUGGUCCAAGAAGCUGUAAUUGAGACUCUUUGGGCAGUGCUGCGGGACGCACAGGCCCGGCCGUGGGCCGCCAGCGAGCAGCAGGCGCUGCACGUGGCCGCCGCGCAGGCCGUGCAGGGCUUUCUGGAGCGCAUGCAGGACCGGCUGAGGUCCACUGGUUUCUCUGAGGAGGAGAUCUUCCGCCUGAUGCCUCGCCAGCGGUCUUGCGCGCGCGAGGGGGCCCCCGGGGGGCCCCCCGGGCUCUUCGAGGCCUGCGCGGAGCCCAGGAACCUGGGCAAAAGGGGGGCCCCCAGCUACGGGUACCCUCUCUACUACCCCAGCUACCACUUCCCAGCCUUCUACAGCUACCCCGCCUUCGGCUGCAGCAGCUGCAGCAGCAGCUGCGGCUACUACGGCGGCUGCGGCUGCGGGGGCCCCUACUGGUCCAGCUGGGGGUACUACAGGGGCAAGCACCGGCGUCUGGGGGAGGGAGAGGUGGCCGAGCCCAUCCCGGGGGCCCCCGGGGGCCCCCCGGGGGGCCCCAUGGGGGCCCCCAUGGGGGCCCCCAUGGGGGCCCCCCCCCUGCUGGGGGGCCCCAACUUCGAACCCGCGGGCUUCCACCUGCCCGGCGAACAGCCCCGCAGCCUCUUCAGCAGCAGCUUCUACCCCGCCUUUUACCCCUCUUACAGCUACAGCUACAGCUACCCGUACAGCUACAGCAGCAGCAGCAGCAGCAGCUACAGCUUCCCCUACAGCAGCAGCAGCAGCUACAGCUUCCCCUACAGCAGCAGCUACAGCUACAGCUUCCCCUACAGCAGCAGCUACAGCUACAGCUUCCCCUACAGCUACAGCUACAGCUACCCCGCCUUCUAUGGGGCCCCCCUGUACCCUCUCUACAGCUUCCCGCUGCUGCGCUACAGGGCCUGGGGCCCCUGGCGCCGGCUGGAAGUCCCGGAGCUUUCUCCCUCUCAGCAGUCCACUGCAGCGCCUUCUGAGGCCUCCCCCUCCACUGGGAGGUCCACUGGUCUCUUCCGGCGCGCCGGCGUGACCACUGGGGUGACCAGCGGGGUGACCACUGGGGUGACCACUGGGGUGACCAGUGGUCACACCAGCGGGCAGUACUACAACGCCCACUCCCAAGUGCCCGCUGAAGCUGCUGUUUACUCCAACGAGCAGCAGCAGCAGCAGCAGCACGAACAGCCCCUCUGGGACACUUCUUACAACUGA